AUGGAUGGAGGGCGACCCACCUUCUGCAGCACUUCCUCCCACGCGCGCGGCGCUUGGCCGCCGCCGCGCACGCGGCGCGCGCUGCGUGUGACGGUGCCGAGCUUCUUGGAGUGUCCGAAGGCCAUGGAGACCCUGGCGAAGCGCUGGUCCCUGCUGCGGCACGAGAAGCGGCUCCGACAGCUCAGCUGGGAGGUGCAGAUGGUUUUGCAACGAGAGCAGGACCUGCCGCUCGCCUUGACGGUGAUGCGCAGCAUUGCAGCCAGCAUCCCCGAUCCGCCGACUUCGCGCAUCGUCGUGGCCUCAUCCUUCAUCGGCGAGGACUUUCAGCAACAGAUGCGCCCAGCCCGGAAUAACCACGAGCGCUGGUGCGCCCGGCAUGGCUACACCUACGCGUGUUUGGAAGAGAACAUUGCCAAGAGGAGUGAUCCAACCUGGUCAAAGAUACCUCAUGUCCUGAACCUCUUACAAGGAGGGGCCGAGUGGGUCUUCUGGAUGGACGCAGAUUCACUGUUCAUCUCUGAUGGAGCUGACCUUCAAUGGGCCUGCGAUUUGCAGAAGGACUUUGUGUUUGCCGGAGAUUUGAACGUGGUGUUCAAUGCUGGCCACUUCUUAGCGAGGCGGGGUGCUUGGGCAGAAGCCUUUCUGAGUGAUGCGUUCCAAAUCCAUCCUUGGCCGGACUGGGAAGACAAUGGGGCGAUGAUGAUCCUCCUGGGCGGUGGCUCUGCAUACGAUCCCAGCACCUGGCGUGGCAGCUUUGAGCGGAUGAAAGUGCCCACCCGAAGCUGGGAGGAAUGCCAGGCCGCCAUGCGCGAUCUGCCGCCCGCGGUCGCGGAGCAUGUGGCGGUGGUGCCGCAGCAUUGGCUCAAUGCCUACGAGUGGCCCAAAGGAGGAGGCAGUGCGGCACUGAUCCGGGGCGAUCCCAUUCUGCACUUCGCGGGGUGCGCGGCAGAUGCAAAACCAGACCUGGUGGCCCACUUUGCCGAACGCUUUGGAGAUCCCUUUGACCUUUUGGACCUCCUUUCGCCC